CAUGAAGCAAGAAAUUGGACUCCCCUGUACAGGCUUCUUGAAAUAUAUUCUGAUUGACGGUAGAGAAAUAGAGAUGCAACAUUGCAGCUGCAAACUGUUCCUAGAUUGGUGCUUGUAAAAAAAAAAAAAAAAAGCCGCAAGGAUUGUUGUCUCCCUUCUAGCUUUAUAAUUAUUUUUUUUCCUCGACUUUUUUCUCAGCAUAUGUUUCGGGUUAUUAGAAGAUACAGAGAAAUUCAAAGCCAAUGGCACGGCUAGGCUUUGGUACGCUUUUGUUGUACUCCUUUUUCUUUUCCAUCUUAAGAACCUUCACUGCACUAGACACAAUUAACCCAAUCCAAUCGUUAAGAGAUGGAGAGACUCUUGUUUCAGCUGGCCAAACUUUUGAACUGGGAUUUUUCAGUCUCGCAGACCCUAAUCGCCGAUAUCUGGGAUCAUGGUACAAGAAAAUAUUUCCUCGGACAAUGGUUUGGGUAGCCAAUAGAGAAACUCCACUUGCCAAUACUUUGGGGUCUCUAAAUAUCACUGCUCAGGGAAAUCUUGUACUUGUUAAUGUCACAAACUAUAUUUUUUGGUCAUCAAAUACAUCAACCAUUGCAAAGGAUCCAGUUGCACGGCUCUUGGAUACGGGAAAUUUCGUUAUAAGCGAUGCAACUGAUGGUAACCCAGAGAACUUUCUGUGGCAGAGUUUUGAUUAUCCUGACAAUACAGUACUGCCUGAAAUGAAAUUUGGUGUCAACUUAGUAACUGGUCAUGAGACGUUUUCAUCAUCUUGGAGGAGCAUCGAAGACCCUGCUCCAGGACAAUUUUCUGUGCACUUAGAUCUUCGUGGGUAUCCGCAACUAUUUCUUAAAAAGGAAAAUAGAAUACAAUACAGAGCGGGGUCAUGGAAUGCCGUAGGUCUUACUGGGACUCCUGUACUGAAGCCUAAUCCAAUCUUCACAUUCGAAUUUGUAUCGAAUGACAACGAGAUGUAUUUCAAGUAUGAUGUCCCGAACAAUUCAAUUUUAGCCAGGUAUACACUACAUCCAUCAGGCCUAUUGCAACGCUUCCAAUGGAAUGAAAGAGCAAACGAUUGGGUGGUCAUUGCUGCAGCCCAGACAGACCAGUGUAACAAUUAUGCCUUCUGCGGGGCAUAUGCUAGUUGUGAGUUAAAUAAUUCUCCGGUAUGUUUAUGCCUGGAUGGAUUCAUGCCCAAGUCUCCAAGAGAUUGGAAUAUGCUACUUUGGUCAGAUGGGUGUGUUCCAAGGACUCCGCUAGACUGCGUUAAUGGAGAUGGCUUUCUGAAGCAUACAGGGAUUAAACUGCCAGACACAUCUUCUUCUUGGUAUGACGAGAAAAUUGAUCUUAAGCAAUGUCACAAUUUGUGUUUGAGAAACUGCUCUUGCAGUGCAUAUGCAAAUUUAGAUAUGAGGGACGGUGGAAGUGGCUGCUUGCUUUGGUUCGGUGAUCUGAUUGAUAUGAGAAGAUUAGGUGCUGGUGGGCAAGACCUCUAUGUAAGGAUGGCUGCUUCAGAAUUAGAGAAAACUGAGAAGAAAAGGUCCUCCAUUAAGAAGAUAUUAGGAAUUAUCUUUGGUUCUGUUGCAGAGGUCAUCAGCAUGCUGAUGGUGUUUUGCAUAUGUUGGAGAAAUCUCAGAAAACAUGGAAUGCUAAAGAAAAUUAGAAGAAAAAAUGAUCACUGUGAAGGCAGAGAAGAAGAAAUGGAAUUACCAAUGUUCGAUUUGACCACAAUAGUAGAUGCUACUAAUAACUUCUCAAGUAGCAACAAGCUCGGAGAAGGUGGUUUUGGACCUGUAUACAAGGGUACAUCAAGCGAGGGGCAAGAAAUAGCAGUAAAGAGGCUUUCAAAAAGUUCUGGCCAAGGAUUGAGGGAGUUCAAAAAUGAAGUGAUAUUAAUUGCUAAACUUCAGCACAGAAACCUUGUAAAGCUUCUAGGUUGUUACAUUCAUGAAGAUGAAAAAAUGUUAAUCUAUGAAUACAUGCCCAACAAAAGCUUGGACUUCUUUAUUUUUGAUCAAACGAGAAGGAAAUUACUAGAUUGGUGUAAGCGCAUACAAAUUAUUGAUGGAAUUGCUCGAGGACUUAUCUAUCUUCAUCAGGACUCUCGACUCAGAAUCAUUCAUAGAGACCUAAAAACCAGCAACAUUUUACUUGACAGUGACAUGAAUCCAAAAAUUUCAGACUUUGGGCUUGCCAGAAUAUUUGGGGGAGAUCAAACUGAGGCCAAAACAAAAAGAGUGGUUGGAACAUAUGGCUACAUGUCUCCUGAGUAUGCAGUGGACGGACUCUUCUCGGUGAAAUCUGAUCUUUUUAGCUUUGGUGUCCUAGUUUUAGAGAUAGUGAGUGGAAAGAAAAAUAGAGGAUUUUGCCAUCCGGACCAUGACCGUAACCUCCUGGGGCAUGCAUGGAUACUAUGGACUAAUGAGACACCACUGGAACUGAUUGAUGAUUGUCUAAGAGACUCAUGCAUUGCAUCCGAAGUGAUAAGAUGCAUUAAUGUGGCUCUACUUUGUGUGCAAAAACGUCCGGAAGAUAGGCCAAACAUGGCAUCCGUGGUUGUAAUGUUGAGCAGUGAGAAUUCACUGCCACAGCCCAAACAGCCUGGUUUUUUCACAGAAAGGAGUCCACCUGAAGCAGAUACUUCAUCAAACGAGCAUCAAUCUUACUCUGCUAAUGAAAUUAGUUUAUCAUUGUUUGAAGCUCGGUAAGCUAUUACUGCUUAAAGUUAGAGGGGGAAGAUUUUUUUUUAUCAACGAAGCACUAUUUUCUGCAAUUGUAAUAGUGACAUCCAUUUUUGUUUACUAAUCUCACUAAAGUGAAUAUAAUAUUUAAAAAGAAAAAGCAAUAUCAAUCGGCAGAUAAAUUAAUGAUAGGCAACCAUCCUAGUGCAAUGGUUAGGUGAUCACUUCAGAUUCUCGUUUUGCCUUUUUUU